CUCGGCUCCUUACUGGCUCAUCAACAAAACAGGGUUGCCCUUAAUUUUCCGGCAAGAAAACGCAAAGACCGACGCGGCCGGCCAGUUUGAAGAACACGAGUUGGCCCGCAGCCUGAGCCCCCUCCUCUUCUGCUACGCCGACAAAGAGCAGCCAAACCUUUGUACCAUGAGAGUUGGCAGAGGUAUCCACCCCGAGGGGAUGCCCGGCUGGUGCCAGGCCUUCUCCUUGGACGGAGGAAGCGGCGUCCGAGCCCUUAAAGUGAUCCAGCAAGGAAACCGACCGGGUCUUAUUUAUAAUAUCGGCAUCGACAUUAAGAAGGGCAGAGGUCGCUACAUGGAUACUUGCAUGGUGACGUUCGCCCCUCGCUACCUGCUGGACAAUAAAUCCUCGCACACCCUCGCCUUCGCGCAGAGGGCAUUCGCCAGAGGACAGGGGACAUCCAAUCCGGAGGGCUACCUCUCCACCCUCCCCGGUUCCAGCGUGGUCUUCCACUGGCCACGCAACGACUACGACCAGUUGCUGUGCGUCCGGCUGAUGGACGUCCCCAACUGCAUUUGGUCUGGAGGCUUUGAAGUCAACAAGAACAAUUCCUUCCACAUCAACAUGAGGGACACGCUCGGGAAGUGCUGCUUCCUCCAGGUGGAGAUCACCUUGAAGAGAGCCACCUACUGCGUCUCGUUCAGCGACACCGACAAGUUCCCGCCUCCGUACCGCAUCGACAACUUUUCUAAG